AUGGCAGCGGAUCCUGGUGCUGCUGCUGCUGCUCCUCCUCCUCCUGCUGAUGCCAUUCCGCAGCCGGAACAAAGUGUCGUGGAGGUAACCCUUCACGCUGUCGGCGCUCCUGCAGCUCCGCAACCACCCACUCCAUCAUAUAGUUCAUCCUGUCAACGUCGCGACGUAGCCGCUGAUACCCCGCAUAUGAGGGGGCAAAAUCGGGCCAAACAUGUCGUGGGAACUGAGGCGCCCCGGGUGGACCACGCGGCUGUGGUGGCUCCGAAAUGUACAUGUCCGGCUCAUGCUCCUCUAGCACCUCCGGAUCGCGUGGGGGAUAUACCAGCUCGAACUGUGCCGGUAGCUGCAUAG